AAUCACAGAGAGUGCUUGACUCAGACCAGCCUUUCACUUUCUCUCUCUACAUCUACUUCUCUCUCUCUUUUCAUUCACACCACUUUCUCUCUGAAAAAAAAAACCCAAAACUUUUGACCAUUUUUUAAUCAUCUCUCUUACCCAUCAACCGAAGAAACUGAAAGAAAGAGUUGGUAUAGAGAGAGAGAUAUAGAAACAGUACUAACACAGCACUCCUUUUUUCAAGAAUCCAAAAGCUUUUUUGUGAUUCACUCAAAAAGGUAAGCCCUUUAAUUUUCCUGAUACAGAAUGUAUAUUCCCUUAUAUAUCAAGAAUCGUAUAUAUAUGUGUAUGUGUUAUUGUGGAGUAGAAAAAAGAUGAGAAUUUUCAAUUGCAAAGUUAAAUGAAGGUUCAGCUGAAAUGUUGCACUUAAAGGGCAGAGUGGUUUUGUUUUGUUUUGUGUUUUUCUUGCUGUUUGACUCAACAUUUGAGCAGGGUGUUGUCAGUUCUUUAGCUGAGAAAUUUGCUUUGCUUCAACUGAGAUCUUCAUUAGGGUUAAGAGCCAAAGAAUGGCCUAUAAAGGGUAACCCUUGUUUAAACUGGACAAAUAUUGUUUGUAAGAAUGGUAGAGUUACUGAGAUCAACAUAUCUGGUUUUAAGAGAACCAGAGUUGGGAGUCAAAACCCUCAAUUCUCAGUUGAUGCCCUCCAAAAUUUGACCUUUUUGGAAUCUUUUAAUGCCUCCAAUUUUGCACUUCCUGGCUCUAUUCCUCAAUGGUUUGGUCUUAGGCUUGCAUCUCUUAGGAUUCUUGAUCUUAGGUCAUGUUCCAUUAUUGGUCCUAUUCCUUCCACCUUUGGUAAUUUGACUAGACUCUCGAUUCUUGAUCUUUCGAAUAAUAAGCUUGUGAGGUCCAUUCCUACUGAAUUCGGUUCUCUUCAGAAUCUUACUUCGCUUGAUAUGUCCUCAAAUUUCUUGAAUGGAACUAUUCCUCAAGAAAUUGGGAGUUUGCUUCAGUUGAAGUUCUUGAAUCUGUCUGGUAACAUUUUAUCUUCUUCGAUUCCCCCCCAACUCGGUAACCUUUCUAAUCUGGUUGACCUUGACCUCAGCUCCAACAGUUUAACUGGACUGUUGCCUGAUGCUUUGUGGUCAAUGCCUGGGUUGCAAUUCCUAGAUGCCUCUGCGAAUAACUUCACCGGCGUUCUGCCAAAUGUUAGUUCCAUUGUCAAUGCCACCAGCGCAGUGUUUAAUCUUUCUCAGAAUAUGUUUUAUGGAAAUUUGCCGUCUUUAGGCAGAAGCUUCAGUUUUCUAGAUCUAUCAGGAAACUAUUUUCAAGGCAAAGCCCCUGAUUAUGGACAAAGCAAUGUGUCAGUUAAUAGUAAUUGCCUCCAAAAUGUAACAAGUCAAAGGAGUCGGAGUGAGUGUGCAUCUUUCUAUAGCGAGCGGGGCUUGUCGUUUGAUGAUUUUGGACUGCCAAAUGCCACAGAGCCGCCUCUUCCAGCUCCCAAAUCCAGCAAAAAGAGUCACAAAAAUGUAAUCAUAUUGGCGGCCGUUCUAGGGGGUGUUGGAUUAAUUGCACUUGUCCUUAUCUGUCUAGUUCUGCUGUUUGUUUGCACCCGCAAAAGGGCUGCCACGACUCAAAGAGCCACUGAGGUUGGGCCAGGUCCGGCCAGUUCAAGUCCACCGCCGCCCCCUGGAGUAUCAUUGAAUUUUUCAAGUUUAGGAGAUGCAUUUACCUACCAGCAGAUUCUUCAAGCCACAGGUGAGUUCAGUGAUUCAAAUCUUAUGAAGCACGGCCAUUCAGGUGAUCUCUUCCGUGGUACCCUAGAAGGCGGGACACUUAUAGUCGUUAAAAGAAUUGAUGUGCGCUCCGCAAAAAAGGAAUCAUAUUUGUCAGAAUUGGACUUCUUCAGCAAAGUUUCUCACUCUAGAUUAGUUCCUUUUAUGGGACAUUGUUUGGAGAAUGAGAAUGAGAAGUUUCUGGUCUACAAAUAUAUGCCAAAUGGAGAUCUAUCCAGUUCUUUAUUUAGAAAAAACAAUUCGGAUGAUGAUAGUUUGCAGUCAUUGGAUUGGAUAACAAGACUGAAAAUUGCUAUUGGAACUGCUGAGGGCUUGUCUUAUCUACAUCAUGAAUGUAACCCGCCUCUAGUGCACAGAGAUGUCCAAGCAAGCAGCGUACUUCUUGAUGAUAAGUUUGAAGUGCGGUUAGGGAGUCUAAAUGAGGUCUGUGCACAAGAAGGAGACACCCAUCAGAACAGAAUUUCCAGGCUGUUCAGGCUGCCACAGACAUCAGAACAAGGUGCAUCAGGUACAGCUAGUGCCACUUGUGCGUAUGAUGUCUUCUGUUUCGGAAAGGUUUUGCUAGAGUUAGUAACUGGCAAGCUGGGAAUCAGUGCAUCCAACGACGCCAGCAUGAAGGAGUGGUUGGAUGGUACAUUAAAAUACAUUAGUAUAUAUGAUAAAGAACUUGUCACAAACAUAGUGGAUCCUUCCCUAAUCAUAGAUGAAGAUUUAUUAGAGGAAGUAUGGGCGAUGGCUAUUGUUGCGAGAUCGUGCCUCAACCCCAAGCCUUCAAGAAGACCGUUAAUGAGAUAUAUCCUUAAAGCUUUGGAAAAUCCUUUGAAGGUAGUUAGGGAAGAACACACCAGCUCAGCAAGACUUAGAGCCACUUCAUCGAGAAGUUCGUGGAACGCUGCGCUGUUUGGCAGCUGGCGUAGCUCCUCAGAUGUAGCGGCUGUACCUGCAAUCCCAGCAUCUAAGUUGGAAGGAACAAGUAGUUUGAAGCAAUCGGGAACGACAGGUUCUCAAGGAAGUGGUCAUAAUGGGGAUAAUGGUCACUCUUCAUCAACUAGACGACAGUCGAAAGAGAUUUUCCCUGAGCCAUUGGAGGAGCAGGAUGUAGAGAGACCACAUGAGGAGUAGAAGAGAAGUGAUUGUGAUUUAUUCUUUGUUAAUAAUGCAGCGCGGUGGUCUGCAUUCGGGUGCCUUGCCCUGUACAUUCUCCGUUUUCGGAAGCCAUUGUUUUUGUUACAUUGGGUAAUGGAAGUUGGCAAGAGAGCCUUGUUCAAAGGAAACUUUGAAAAUGGAGAUAUUGGGUUGUUAACCUGGGACAUCAACAUCAAAUUGUUUAUUGGGGUUUUGGGAUUUUAAAGUUUUUCCUUUUUUUUUUGUAUUUUCUGGGGAUAGAGUUGGGACAACAGGAAUUAGCAAGUGGUGGUUCAUUUUCUUGAUUGUUUUGGGGGCUUAUGUUUCGUUCCAAUUCUUUUCUUAUAAUUCUUACUCUUUUACUAAUCUCUCCAUGGAAUGUAAAUUAUACAGAAUCUUUCAUUUUCCAAAUGGAGGAGAGAAAAAAAAAAAAAAAAGCAUUUCAUUGGUCUU